AGGCUUCCUCAUCUGUAGGAGCUAGUCGUCUACCGUACCUGGGGUUACUGUGAGGAUUGAGAUGAUUUGGGGGCGCCCAACAGCUUGACUUGGCUCGACACAGCUGAGAAAAUGUCUGACAAAAGCCACAUAGCUGCUAGAGCAGACCUUAUUGAAGAGCUGUUGGUCAAAAGGAACUUUGAGGAUCUCGGUCAUCUCCUCACAGAGCUAGAAACAAUCCAGGUGACCAGGGAGCACCUCCAGGAGACACAGGUGGUCAGGUCUGUGUACAGAGUCCUCAAAAAUUGCCCCAUCGUGACCUGGCAGAAAAAAGCUAAGUGUUUGUUGGCUGAAUGGAAAGCCCUGUACAAGGCACAGGCCAGCCCGAAAUUGGUGGGUCCAGAGGGAAAGGCAGAGGAGAAUCCAGCACUUUCUCAUGAGUCUAAGCAGGAGAAGAUAGCGGGCGUUUCCUGCUCUGACUCCCUACUCUCAGCCCAGCCUGUGGCCCUUGCCAAGGCCAUUGAGACAGUGACUCCUAGUAACAGCUUGGGCUCAGUGGAUUCGAAAGAAGAGCCUGGUGAAGCACCAUGCUUGGAGCAGAGAGCCAAGGAGUUGCUAGAUCCUACAACGCCUGUGCGGACAAAAUGCAGAGAACUUCUCUGUGAAGCUCUAGCAAGUUCUUCAGCCAUCCAGCCCCCCACUUCUGGAUGGUACCCCUUUGCCCGAGAAAUCGAAGAGCACCUUUGUGCCCUGCAUUCGAAAAACUUCAGAAAGUAUAAAGCCUGUGUCCGGAGCAAAGUGGCCAAUCUGAAGAACCCCAAAAACUCUCACUUGCAAAAGAACUUGCUCUCGGGGGUCACAUCGCCCAAAGAUUUCGCUGAAAUGAGUCCCCUGGAGAUGGCCAACCAAGAACUCCAGCAGCUGCGUGCCUCGUACACAGAGGCUGGCAUCCAGGAGCACGCACUGCCCCAAGUCAUGGAGGGCACCCAGACCCAGAAGAUCAAAUGCAGGCGCUGUGAGCGCUUCAACUGCAAAGUCACUGUGAUUGCCAGGGGGGCGCUGUUCCUUCCAGGCUGGGUACGCAGUGCCAACCCUGAUGAAGACAUGAUGACCUAUGUUAUAUGUAACGAAUGUGGGGAGCAGUGGUACCAUAGCAGAUGGGUUUGCUUAUGACCAAGGGUGCCCUCACUGCAGGGAACCAGACUGCCAGUCUUUCCUGCCCUCCGUUUUCCUUCCCUCUGUUGUGGCUGUCGUCAUGACCUGGCAUUACACCCUCACUGGGUUGUGUUCCUCAUUGGGGGACACACUUAUGCAGUUGUAGUGCUUGCCAGAGGCUGGCACUCCUCCCUCUGUGCUCACACACAUCUGACUGCAGCCUCAGAGAUUAUAGACAGGAGAGUGUUUAGGGCAAACAGUUGCCCUGGGGAUCGAACUCACAGCCUCACAUUGGUGAGGCAGGUGCUUUUGCCACUGCAUUCUUUCUUAGCCCCCCUGUAUUUAAACUAUUUUCCUUGGGGGCAGUGCCAGCACUUGAAGCCAGUACCUCUCACAUGCAAGGUUAACCCACAUCCCUGGCCUAACAUGCUACCCUUACAGGAAGCCAGAAAAAAGAAAGGAAAGUGCACACCACUGUGGCCUAAAGUUGGCCAUUUAUGGAGCAGAGUGAUCGUUUCAGUUUUGCCUGUAGUCACUGCAGCCUUUCCCAAGAUCAUAAUGUAGCUCAAGCAACUCAGUCUAACUUUGGGACCUGUUAGGGAUAGAGGCCCUUAGACCUCACCCAUGAGUCCCAUUCUGCCACUGGGCAUGGUGCCCAGAGAGUCCCAUUCAGGAUGGACUACUAGGCACGCAGCAAAGAACCAGCUGCAUAUUAGAAUUCCCUGAGAAGCUUUGCUGUUUUUGUUGUUGUUGUUGUUGUUGUUGUGAUUUGUUUUGGUUUUGGGACACACCCUGCAGUGUUCAGGGCUUACUCCUGACUCUGUUCAGGGAUCACUCUUCUCAAGACUUGGGACCAUAUAGGGUGCCAGGGAUUAAACUUGGGUUGGUCUUGUAUUAUGCAAGCUUUCUACCCAUUGCACUCUCUCUAGCCCUUCUCACUGGGGAGCUUUGAAUGCACACUGAUGCCCUGGGUCCACCCUAGAACAAAUCAAGACAAACCUGCAGGUUGCAACCCAGGCACCAUCAUUGUUGGACCUAUUUUCACAUGCAGAGUUGAGGACAACUGCUUGCAGAUCGACUCACUGGGUCCUUCUUACAGCUCUCAGAAUUGUUCUUCACUUUACAAGAGGCAUGAGUAGGUCUGAGCCCUGCAGUCACGAAAAGCCCCCCACCCUUGAAGUGUGUCCAAAUUUCCUUCCUCCACAGCCCAUCACUGUCCAACACUACAUCAGGGUUGCCUUCUCUUUUCCAAAAUAAUUUGUUACUUAGUGGAAGAACCACUGAUUAACCAUGAUUAACAAAGUUAGUGUCAGUUGAGCCUUAGGCACAUCAUAUUUCAACACCAAUUCCACCACCUUCUGAGGAAUGAUUGGGGAGUUGUGGGGCUAAAUGGAUCAUGUCCUUAGACUGCUAUCUGGUAACCAGACUCUCCCAAAUUUUAUUUGGCCUACUGACCCCCUUUCCAAAAAUUACUCAGCUCCCCUAUCUUCUUUAAGCCAACAAAAAAAUUGCUUACCUCCCACCCUGUCAUUCCAAUACCUCCUAGGAGCUAGUCUGGAUCAUUUGGGGAAACAUCAGUCUAGCCAGCUCUUCAUCUUUUUUCCCCUUGAGCCCUGAAUGUUGGCCCAUAAUUCAUCUCACACAGCAUGAUUUCUGGUCCUCUGGCUUAAUCAAAAGAAUCAUGUUUUUUUGUUAUCUUCACACUCAGGGUAUAGAAACUCUUUCCUAUAGUGCUGAAAAAUUCGGAGCUUCCUACACAUGAAACCUGCACUUGAACAUAUCCUUGCCCUUCAAAACUAUUGCACCAUUGACUUUCCAUUGCUGCUGUGGGUAAGUCUGCAUGUUCUCCAGCACAGGCGAAGCAAAUGUGUACUAGAUCUCUAGAGAGGAACCCCAACACCAUCGCUCUCUAGCUGAGAUGCUGACAGUUAAGCUGGCAGAGGG